GUUUAGAGGCAUUAAUUUAGCGCCCGGGACUCCAGGAGACCAAAUUGGCAUUUGCACCGCUCAGCGUGCCCUGUUGCAGGAAUCUGUCUCGGCCCCAACUCACCGCGGGAAUCCUGUAAAACUUUGUCGGUGUUGGGUGGGAGGCCGCUGGACCAUCUGGGGUCCUCCCGCCUCCUUCCUCUCCCUUUUCCUCGGGCAGAGCUGACUGUGGACGGCGCGCUUCUCCGGUGCGUCUCGGGAAUGGAGCAGCCACCGGGUGGCGUCGGGGACCUUGGCGGCCGGCCCCACCUGGCCCCGGCGCUGGUGGCUGCGGUCCCUCCACCCGCGGGCCCCGCACUGCCGGUUCCUCCGGGGAUAGCUGUCCCUCCAACUUUCCUGCGCCCCCCCAGCCUCUUUCUCCGGGCAGCCGCCGCCGCGGCCGCCACUGCUGGGAGCGAAGGCUGCCAGCCGGCUCCCGGGCUGGAGAGGGCGGUGGGCACUGUGGGCUGCGGGUACCCGCGGACGCCCAAGUGCGCCCGGUGUCGCAACCACGGGGUCGUGUCGGUGCUGAAGGGCCACAAGCGCUUCUGCCGCUGGCGAGACUGUGCAUGUGCCAAGUGCACCCUGAUCGCUGAGCGCCAGCGCGUCAUGGCUGCCCAGGUGGCGCUGCGCAGGCAGCAGGCCCAGGAGGAGAGCGAGGCCCGCGGGCUGCAGAGGCUCCUGUUCUCCGGGGCCGCGGGGCCCUGUGCUAGGGCGCUGGGAGGUGGCAGCCGGGUGGAGAACUCCCAGCCUCCUGCAGCCUCGGUGACAGCACUGGGGCUGAGCACCUUGAGACCAGCUAGUGGUCUGACGACGACCCCUGUUUUCGAAUUUUUCCAGCAGGAUUAUAAAAAAGACAAACCAGAACAAAAAGAACGUAAAUGUCACUCAUACCAGAACAGUCAAGAACAGGUCUCCAAAUCUUAUCAUCUUACUCUGAGAUCAUCUCCUGACUCUAAUGAUGUCACUGGAAAACAAAGCUUUAAGUCAUAUGUAUCCGGAAACUCAAAGAAGGAUGAUAAUAAUAUUUUUUCUCCUCACCCUGAGGAACAGUCAGGAGGUGAAGAGAGUCCCAGAUCUUUAUCAUCUUCUGACUUGGAAUCAGGAAAUGAAAGUGAGUGGACCAAAGACUUCACUGCUACCAGAGGCAAACUUCCCACAGUAUUCUCAAGAUCCAGAGAUCCACUUGACAUUCUUACCAAGAUUUUCCCUAAUGACAGGCGUAGCUGGCUGGAAGGCAUUCUAGAGUUCUGCAAAGGAGAUGUGGUUCAAGCCAUUGAACAGGUCCUUAAUGGAAAGGAACACAGACCAGGAACCAGGGACCUAGCAAGCUCAGGAGAAUUGGAAAAUACAACUUUUCAGAGAACUUCAAAUUUUAGUUUAGCUGGAAUUGGUUUUGGAACUCUAGGGAAUAAGUCAGCAUUUUCUCCUCUUCAGACCACUUCUGCUGCUUAUAGAAGUGAAUCAAACUUCUAUAGCUUAAAUCCUAGACUAGGUCUCCAUCCACUAAGGUUGGCAUAUUCUUCUGCAGGAAGAGGGUUAUCUGGUUUCAUGUCUCCCUACCUGACUCCUGGGUUAGUACCAACAUUACCUUUUCGACCAGCUUUGGAUUAUGCCUUUUCAGGCAUUAUUAGGGAUUCUUCCUACUUUCCCUGCAAAGAUUUAGUAGCUGGUGGAAGACUGUAUUCCCGGCCAAAUCAAGACAGUCUAUAAUGUAUUUGUCUAUUCUCCGUUUCUGAAAUAUUUCUGGAGGAAUGUAAUACAACCCCUUCACCCACACCUACAUACACAUCUGCUACUCUGUCCAGUAUAUUGAGUUGCCAGGAAAGUCUUGAUGCAUUUUUGCAUAUUAAAACAUAAAAAGAAAGUGUGAUGACUUUUCUGACAACCGAAUAUGUGGGUUAUUAAACAUUCCUUAAAAUGUUAUAUUUUGUUUUACAAACAACAUAAUAGACUUGAGAUCUGAAGACUAUUUUAGCAUUUGUUAAAGAAUGAAUUAUUUGAACAUUAUGUCUUAAAUAAAGCUAUUUCUAGAAGUAUUUUUACUUUAGUGACUUUCCCUUGAAAUAUCUGUAAAAGAUAUCUUAAUAGUGUAAUUGUUUUUAUUUUAUUGAAAAGUUGGAGUUUAUAGUUGUCAAACAUAUUUUUAAAUGCAUAGAAAUCCAGAACAAUAUAUAAUGAACCAAAAGAAAGAACUGAGAAUUGAAGUAAUUCUAAAUAGUGAUUUUAAAUAUUUCUUUACCUUUUGUUCUUUGUUUUCAGGAAAGAAAAAAAUGUUAUUAAAAUAUGUUUAAAAUAUUUUUCCCA